UAUUGAGAACAGAUGUUUCAUCAAUGAGAAAAUUAGAAGAAUGUCGGCCCAGUUUCAGCCAGUUCCAUCCUCUCACCACCAUAUUGGGGGGGUGAGAAAACGUUCUAAACGGAUGUUUCGACUUUAUAGCUCAUGUGACGUAUCUGAGUUACCCCUUCUGUCUGUGGUAUGGUUGACAGAGAUGAGGUAAGGGGGGCAGGGGAUGUCUAUGAGGGGGCAUACAGGAGGAGAAGGAAACGUGCCACAUCGAUAAAGGUCACAGGUGUGUGAUAGUGAAGGGGGGCUGGACUGCGUGGGAAACUCAGGUUCCAUUCCCAUCCCAGCUCACAGACAUCAGACCUAGCCAGCAGUCAGCUCACAGACAUCAGACCUAGCUUACAGUCAGCUCACAUACAUCAGACCUAGCCAGCAGUCAGCUCACAUACAUCAGACCUAGCCAGCAGUCAGCUCACAGCCAUCAGACCUAGCCAGCAGUCAGCUCACAGACAUCAGACCUAGCUUACAGUCAGUUCACAUACAUCAGACCUAGCCAGCAGUCAGCUCACAGACAUCAGACCUAGCCAGCAGUCAGCUCACAGACAUCAGACCUAGCUUACAGUCAGCUCACAUACAUCAGACCUAGCCUACAGUCAGCUCACAGAGAGACAGAACAAAUGUGGUUGUAUUUAGUCAUCUUUGGAUGUCUGCCACUGUGUGUUCCUGCUCCAGCGGUGGAGCAGGGAAGGAGUUGUGUGUUCCUGACCAGUUCCCGUAACUCCAAGAAAAUGGAGGAGGGUCGCCUUAACGGUACAAUCCAGUACUGUGCCCACACUAACUGCUGUGUGGGCUUCUUUCGUAUUAUCGCGGGCCAGCCAGUGGCAGAACUACAAGGUUGCAAAAUGGUAGUCGGUGGCUGCCUAGAUCCUACCUGCUUUACAUCAACCACCCAUUUAGACUACAUUAGAUGUGAGUGCAGCUCAAACCUCUGUAAUGGCAACAUCACGUGGAACGCAGAAGAGAAGCAACCUCAACGCAAACACUCAUCUCACUCUGCAGACAUGGUCACGGCCCCUGUGGUUGUCCUUGGGAUGUUACUGUGUACCCUAGUGGUGGCAGUUAAAUGCAGACAUCGUUUCAGAGGUUACGAUGACAAGCAGCAUCUAUCUCUGCCAGAGGAAUCUCUUACCUCACUGUGCUCAUGUCACACAUCAAAACAGUCUGAUAUGGACCUGACCAGCAUGGAACUACAACAGGAAAGUAUUCACAUUGUGGGUAGUGGUCACUUUGCGUCGGUGUGGCAGGGAAGUUACCAAGGGACUACGGUGGCUGUGAAGGUGUUCCCCACCUGGUGCAGACAGGAGUUCACAGUGGAGAGGGAAGUGUACGGACUACCACACCUGGUGCAUGCUGGGAUUGCUCACUUCCUGGGAGCUGGCAGGAAGUCAGAUAGCGGAGACUGUGUCCUGCUCCUGGAGCUAGCCACAUGCGGCUCUCUCAGUUCCUUCCUGUCCAAGAACAGCAGUGACUGGACGACAACACUGAAGCUGGCCCAGUCUCUGUCUGAGGGACUGGCUUACCUGCAUUCUGACUUCUACAGGCAUGGGGUGCACAAGCCAGCGGUGGCCCACAGAGAUCUCAGUAGUAACAACGUGCUAGUGAGGGACGAUGGUACCUGUGUCCUGUGUGACUUUGGCUCUUCCACCAUCCUGCGCUCGUGCGCCGGUCCACACAGCUGGCAGCACUACAUGGUUAACGUACAGAGCCAGGUGGGGACGUUGUGCUAUAUGGCCCCCGAGCUCCUGGAUGGCUGCGUGAACCUGAGCAGUGGCUGGUGUCUCAUUCAGGGAGACGUCUACUCCUUCGGAACGCUGCUUUGGGAGCUGCUGAUGCGCUGCUCAGACCUUUUCAUAGGCUGCCCAGUGCCAGAACACAGACUGCCUUAUGAAGAGGAGCUAGGGGCCAGUCCGUCUUUAGAGCAGCUCAUAGUCCAUGUAUCUGAGAGAAGGGAACGUCCUUCAGUACCCAAACACUGGCAACAGGGCUUGCAUGACAUUCUGUUGGACAGUUGGGACCAUGACUCAGAUGCCAGACUGACAGCCCAGUGUGCCAGGGACAGACUAGUGUCUCUUCCCCCCUGUUGCUCCAUAUGAUAUAUAUAUAUAUAAUAUUUUGGGAUAUGUAAUUAUUCCUUAGUCUAGGACCAGACUGACAGCUCAGUGUGCCAGUCUCUACUCUCAUGUUGACGUGUGUGUGGUAUUCUAUUGUAUUAUAUUCUAUACUAUUCAAUAAUAUUCUCUAUACUAUUCCAUUCUAUAAUAUUCUAUUCUAUACUAUUCUCUUGUAUUCUAUUCUAUUCCAUUCCAUAAUAUUAUAUUCUAUACUAUUCUCUUGUAUUCUAUUCUAUUCCAUUCCAUAAUAUUCUAUUCUAUACUAUUCUCUUGUAUUCUAUUCUAUUCUAUAAUAUUCUAUUCUAUACAUAGUCACCUCAUUAUUGUCACUGUCACAGUUGGAAUAGAUGUGUCUGCUUGCUAUUUCAUUGACGUAGACAUUUCAUACUUUUUGGUUUAUUUUACCUAAUGUUUGUGCAUGCAGAAAAUGUACUGUAGUGAAACUCUAUUGGGCUCUUGCUAAAGACUUGUUUGACAUUUGUUGUAGAAUCCUAUAAACCUAGUGGUAAACCGCACAGCAGAAUCAGACGUUCGGUUGCUAAGUUACGACUGAGGUCAAAGCUGCUUCUAAAUCUACAUUUUAUUUUGGAUCACAGUAAUAUCCUCUGACAUUUUUAUGUUGAUAUUUGUACGGUGGAGGACAGAAACGUGAUUGGAUUAUCUUUACUGAUUUUGUGCAGAAGGCUUGAAUAAAGCUCAUAGUGAUGAACAUCA